AUGAAAGUUCUGGGAGUAAACCUCGAGGAAAAAUCUGGAGCCGGAGUCCCUAAGGCGGCUGGAUGUCAACUUGGACGUCCUCCCGGCAACUCCUGCAGUCAAGUCGGCUCCAAACGUAAUGCUUGCAUUCCCUUGGACCCAGUCGGCACGACCGAGAGGGAGAUCCUGUUGUUUGGGCAGCGCAAGAUCUCCAUACUUCCGCCCAGGCUUGUGCCCCUGAGGUCACGCUUGUCACGCUUGUUCGUGGGAGUCAUUGUACCGCAGCAGCAGAUGGAGUCUCCACCACUUCGAAUCUCAAGCUGGAACGUGCGUACGAUGCGCACCGGCUUGUCCGACGACCUCCGUGUCAUUUCAGACUUUCGCAAGACCGCAGUGAUUGACAGGGAGCUACAUAGACUAAACGUGGAUAUAGCAGCGCUGCAGGAAACUCGACUCCCAGAAGAUGGCUCCCUAAGAGAGGAACACUACACCUUCUUCUGGCAGGGGAGAGGUAUCGGGGAUGUGAGGGAGCAUGGAGUUGGCUUCGCCGUCAGGAACACCCUGCUUCGCACGAUUGAGCCCCGGCAUGGUGGCACGGAGAGAAUCCUCACCCUACGUCUCUCAACGUCGGCUGGUUUUGCAAACAUAAUUUGUGUCUACGCACCAACGCUCCAGGCACCGCCUGAGACCAAGGAUAGGUUCUACGAACUCUUGGCGAAUACCAUUGACAGGAUCCCAAUGCCGGAGCAUAUUUACCUCGUGGGCGACUUCAACGCCAGAGUUGGGACAGAUCACGAGUCCUGGCCUGAAGUGCUGGGUCAUCACGGCAUCGGGAAAAUGAAUGAAAACGGCCAGAGAUUCCUGGAAUUCUGCUGCCACCACAACUUCGCCGACUGCGAUACUGACCACUCUUUGGUCAUUUCCAACAUCAAAAUUAAACCAAAGAAAUUACAUACUCUCAAGAGGAAAUGCCAGCCAAGAAUUGAUGCCAGCAAGGCCUCCUGUCCCGCUAGAUACCAAAUUCUAGUCGAGCAUCUUGCGGAGCUGCUUCCUGCCGAACGAGCAGAGCGCGCAGUCGGUGGGUGGUGCUCUCUCCGCAGCGCCAUCUAUAAUGCUGCUGUCUUGGCCUAUGGCAUAAAGGAGCGAAAUAGUGCUGACUGGUUUGGGGCCAACGUCGGUGAGUUGGAGCCUGCAAUCAGCAGCAAAAGAAGAGCAAUGCUUAAAUACAAAAGUGAUCCAAGCCAGCGGAACCUACAGGUAUUGAGAGCGGCUUACUCCAACGUUAACAACGUCUCGCAGGAAGCGCUGGACGCCUCGAUGAAGAACUUGCCUUCCCUCGAUGCUUUGGAUGCUGAACCAUCUGUCGAAGAGCUAAACAAUGCCAUCGACAUCCUCCCCUGUGGGAAGGCAGCUGGAGAAGAUGGAAUACCCCCAGAGGUCAUCAAAAGUGGCAAGCCGGCCUUACUUGGCCCCCUACACGAGCUCUUAUGUCUUUGCUGGAGGGAGGGCCAGGUACCGCAAGACAUGCGCGACGCAAAGAUUAUCACUUUGUACAAAAACAAAGGCGAUCGUAGCGACUGCAACAACUACAGAGGGAUAUCGCUACUCAGCAUUGUGGGCAAGGUCUUCGCCCGUGUGGUGCUCGGUCGCCUACAAGCACUCGCUGAUCGCGUUUACCCGGAAUCCCAGUGCGGUUUCAGAGCCCAGAGAGACACAUCAGACAUGAUUUUCUCAUUACGCCAGCUGCAGGAGAAGUGCCGUGAGCAGCGGAGGCCUUUGUACAUUGCGUUCAUCGACCUGACAAAGGCGUUUGAUCUUGUCAGCCGGAGAGGUCUGUUCUUGCUGCUGAGGAAGAUAGGUUGUCCCCCCCGUCUUCUCAGCAUCGUCUCUUCCUUCCAUGACGACAUGCAGGGCAUAGUCAGCCAUGAUGGCAAUGCAAUUGAUACAUGA